UUCUAGAUCUUAAAUUGGAGAAGAAGCACAUCUCGUAAUGAAGCACUCGACGCUUACUUCCAACUUGAUAAUAUUUGCCGUCGUGCCGCUGCUUCUCAAUUUGGUUUCACUUGUUCCUAUCUUCUACAGACGACAACAAAAGGGAAAAUAUUUAAGGGACAAUGCAAGUCUUCAACCGCUCGUUUGGCUUCUUAUCGUCGACGUACUUAUGUCCGCCCAACUCGUCGUCCCAAUCCACAACUUUUUGACGGAAAAAGGAACGUUCUCCGAAUGGGGUUGUGUUGUUUAUGGAGCAGCUGACAUGACGUUGUCAUUGAUCGAAGUUCUUCUUGCUUGCAUGAUUGCCUUUGAUCGAUACAUUGUCACAAUCACACCAAAAUGGGGAAAAUGGAGAUGCAAUUCAAAUUACUUCAAACUCAUCUUCUUUGGAGCAAUCGCCGUUGGACUUUGGAGUUUUGUUCCAACAGCUGGAUACGGGAAAUACAGCACAUUCCAUCAUAAGAUGUUCUGUUCAAUUGAUUGGAGACAAGGAAACAUUGAACCGGAUUCGGAGAAAUCUCGUCUCUCGGCACACAGAUACAUUGCAUUUCUAACAGCAACUUGUCUAGUGUUCUUCUUGAUUCCAGUCUGCAUUGCUUCUUCUCUCUACUACAGUAUAAUUGAUCAUGUUGAUAGCCAAAAUGCAUCAGAAAGUCAAUUGGAGAAUGGUAUUCCAAAGCCAGAAGUCUGCACAUGGGCUCCAAAAAAUCAUGUUGGAAAAGUUGGACUCGGAUGUCUCCUUGUAUCGGUUGUCCCGUUCUUCGCCUACUCCAUUGUCUGCCUGAAUCCAAUGAAAUCAAAUUUCCAUCAAAUUCAUUAUAUUGUGAUACCUGUAAUUGUCAGUCGAGUAAGUACUCUUCUCAAUCCAAUUUUCUACGUGUGGCUCAAUCCUGAAAUAAUCCCAAUCAACGAGUUCAUUGCAAAACGAGCAAAGCCUCGUCCACAACGACCAAUGUACAAUACAAUCAGAUUAAUCGCCGAUGUCCCUGGAAUGUCUUUCCCUAUCCUGACACCAACAAUUCCCCGCCGACAACUUCCAAAAAUCCCGCCUCAUCUGGCAUCACCGUCGAGACCAAGUCUCAAUGAUUUUCUGGAGGAAGAUACCGAUUACGAACCAAAAGAGCAUACACCAAUGCUUUAAAUUACUGGAAAUACACAUAAAUGUACGGGUUAACAUUGUUUGUCGUAAUUUAUUAAAACUGUUUCAAUAAAAAACAUGUAUUUU